AUGUCCAUCUCAGGUUCAACUAUACUAAUGUUUAUUGUUAUUGGGUUCUUCUCUUCAAACUAUAGGACUUGCAGUGGGAGAGCAUUAGGGAGGAAAUGGACAUUAAGUGAGGAUGAUGAUGCACCAACAUCGCUGAACAAGAACACCAAUGGUUCUUUCAACGUCUUAGAUUAUGGUGCUAAAGGCGAUGGAAAUUCCGAUGAAACCAAGGCAUUUCUAGCAGCAUGGGAAGAUGUAUGUCAAAUGGAUGAGUCAAUCAUGUUGGUUCCUUCCGGUUAUGUUUUCCUAGUUCAACCAAUCUCAUUUGUUGUUCCAAAUUGUGGAUCAAACAUCAUAUUUCAGUUGGAUGGCACCAUUAUAGCUCCAACGAGCUCUUCAGCUUGGGGUUCAGGUUUCUUGCAAUGGAUUGAAUUCAAAAACCUCAAGGGAAUAACAAUUCGAGGUAAAGGUACUAUAGACGGACAAGGGUCUGUUUGGUGGACAAAUUCAAGAAACGAAAAUGGGGCUAGCAGUGAAAACUUGCCCAACACAAAGCCAACGGCCCUUAGGUUCUAUGGAAGCACAGAUAUCACUGUUACCGGAAUAAAAAUUCAAAACAGCCCUCAAACUCACCUAAAAUUCGAUUCGUGCACCAAAGUUAAAGUUUCCGACAUCACUGUUUCAUCCCCAAGUAAUAGUCCCAACACAGACGGAAUUCAUCUCCAGAAUACCCAAAAUGUCCUCAUACAAACCUCUACUCUUGCUUGUGGAGAUGAUUGUAUCUCUAUCCAAACCGGAUGCUCCAACGUAUACAUCCACGACAUAACCUGCGGACCAGGUCAUGGAAUCAGCAUUGGAAGUCUAGGUAAAGGUGACACAAAAGCUUGUGUCUCAAAUAUCACGGUUAAAGAUUCCAAAAUGCAACAAACCUUAACCGGAGUCAGGAUCAAAACAUGGCAGGGCGGGUCAGGUUUAGUUAGUGGAAUCAUGUUCGCGAACAUUCAAGUUUCGGGUGUAAAAACUCCUAUCGUGAUUGAUCAGUAUUACUGCGAAGGAGACGAAAGCAAAUGCAAGAAUUCGACAUCGGCUGUGACUGUGGAGGGCAUAACGUAUCAGAAUAUAAGAGGGACUUACACGGAAGCUACACCUAUACGAUUUGCGUGUAGCGAUAAUUUACCAUGCCAAGGCAUAACUUUGAAUACAAUAGAGCUUGAAGCCCUAGACACAAGCAAGUUGAGUGAACCAUUUUGUUGGCAAGCAUAUGGACAGUUACAAACAAGCAUCACUCCUCCAAUUGAUUGCUUCAAAACUGGAAAAAUAUUGCCACAAAACCCUACAAUUCAAUGUUGA